AGCUUCCAUCCCAUCCCGUCCCCGAAACGACGAAACCUUUCGCCAUUAGCAAGAUGUUGCAGGACAUGGUGAAUGCCCCUCCUGGUUUCCGUCCCUCAAAGUCCGCUCCCGUUUCACCAGCCAAGCCGCUCGGGGGCGGCCUUUCCAGAAUGCGCUCUGACUCGUUCCAUAUCGCUCACAAAGUCCCUGUUGGGGACACCCCUUAUGUCAGAGCCAAGAACGUUCAAUUGGUGGAUAAGGAUCCGGAGAGGGCGAUUCCGUUGUUUUGGGCAGCCAUCAAUGCGGGGGAUAGGGUGGAUAGUGCUUUGAAAGACAUGGCGAUUGUGAUGAAGCAGCAAAACAGGGCGGAAGAAGCCAUUGAAGCGAUUAGAUCAUUGAGGAACCGGUGUUCCGAUCAAGCUCAGGAAGCUCUCGACAACAUUCUCUUGGAUCUCUUCAAGAGAUGUGGGAGAUUGGAUGAUCAGAUAGCACUUCUGAAGCACAAGUUGUACUUGAUCCAUCAAGGGCUAGCUUUCAAUGGGAAGAGAACAAAGACUGCUAGAUCACAAGGGAAGAAGUUUCAGGUUUCUGUGGAGCAAGAAGCAAAUAGGUUGCUGGGGAAUCUAGGGUGGGCAUUGAUGCAGCAAAACAAAUACAUAGAAGCCGAAGAAGCUUACAGAAGGGCUUUACUGGUUGCGCCAGACAACAACAAGAUGUGCAACCUGGGAAUCUGCCUGAUGAAGCAAGGGCGGAUUGGGGAAGCGAAGGAGAAUCUGCGGCGGGUGAGGCCGGCCGUGGCGGACGGGCCGAGAGGCGUGGACUCUCAUCUAAAGGCCUACGAGAGAGCCCAGCAAAUGCUCCGGGACUUAGAGUCAGAAAUGAUGACUAAAGCCGCCGGCACCGACAGGCUUCAACAGAGCAAAGUGUUUGAGUCCUUCCUGGGCUCCUCUGCAAUCUGGCAGCCACAGCCUUGCAGUGAAAAUCAUCACCAAAACCCCACCCCAUUCCCAACCCCCACAAUCCCUGAUGAAUUCCCAGACGAGAAUCUCAAUUCUUGUAACAUAAUCAUGAACCAAAGGAGUGGGAAAGCACUCACCUUCUGCACGGUGAAUGCACUGAACAGCCACGCCCCUCCAUUCUACUCUGCCAGGUUCCCCAAGGACCUCCCAUUUCCUCAGUUCCCUGAAAGACUCAAGAGAACAAUCAGUGAAACAGAAGAGUACACUGAAAACAAUAAGGUGAGAAAGCAGGAGGAUAAGGCCCAAGUUUCUGCUGCUGUAGAGGGAUUGCUGCCAGAUAGCAAGGAGUUUGAGGAGGCCAUCAUUGCUGCAGUUCUGGGCUCAGAUGAUACUGAAAAGUUGAAGCCAGAAGCAAUAAGAAAGGUGGACAAGAGGCUCAAGGUUUUCCAAGACAUCACCUUGUCUCUCAGUCCAAAAGGAGGAGUCUAGUCUAGUCUGACUAAAACAUUAUAUUGAAAAUGUCAUAAAUUAUAUAGGGCGGGGAGAUGAGCUUGUUCUCCUUUAUUCUCAUUCCUCUGAAUAAGAGGGGGAGGGAGAGAUAAUGUGGUUAUUUUUAUUCAUGUUUAACUUUAUUGGAAGAAACAAACAAUAUAAAGAUUAUACAAUUUCAUGGUCC